GCUGCGCGGACGCAGAACGCAGAAAAUCAGAAAUCAGAAUGCCCCCACACAUCGCGGCCUGAGCACGUCGCUCGCUGACCGGCUCCACGGUAUCGGAAUAAGUGAGAGGACAAGUGAUAAAUUGAGUUGCAAAGUGAACCGCCUCAGAUCGCGUCCCGGCGAGUCCUGAUAUUUUUAGAACAUCGCCCUGUUCGGAAACUGGUUCCGAUUUAUCGCAAAACUACGUGAUACCGGGCCUGACUCGAUGGCACAAUACCAGUUCUUGUGUUUGGUGAUCGUGGCUGCAUUAGGUAUUAGAUCGAGCCACAGUCAGAGUUCGGUAGAGGACAUAAGGUCAAGAGACAUCACGCCCCCAAGCCUUUUAAAAGAAGUAGAAGAUAACAGCAGAUACAAGACUUUGGAGGCGAAUGCAACGCUCCUCAAGCUUCUAGUUGAUGACAAAGAUGGGGUUAGCAGGUCGGAAGUAUUCGACAUGCUGCACUCGAAGGACGAUGAGCAGGAUCACGUGGACUUGCUCAGCUUCCCGCAAGACGCGGAGGAUGGCAGGGUAGUGGUCCCCAUCGUGCCUGACUCGCAAGCAGAAUUUCUUCAAGCAGAAGAACCAGUCCGCAAAGACUCACAGCGGCUGCAGUACGAAGCAGCAGGCGGCGAGCCAAUCGGCUUGGCGGCCGGUGUCAUGGUGGCCGUCACUUGCAGCAUCGUCGCUCUCGCUUACACCGGCCUCAUUGUCUGGAGACGGAUAUACAUAAAGAGAAAUGGCCUUAAGCAUGAACUCCUACGGAACGAAGAGGCUGUCGCAGAAACAAGAAUUGAGUUGUGACCAUAACGGGGCCGAGCACUUGAAAAAUCUGCGAUAAUAGUAUCAAGACUGACUUUUGAUAACAUAUAACACUGCUUAGAUAAAUUUAGAUGGAAUCUCGACACAUACAGAAAGUAUCUAAUCAUGCUAUUUGUGUGAUAUGGUAGUACAGCAUGGGCCUAUUAAAUUGUAUAUUGCGUACGAUAUAACUUAGUCCACUUUUAAACAAAGAUUUCAUCUGUCAGAUAUGUCACUAAUUCGUCGAAACUGAGGUGCAAAGUCAGCUAAUUGUCUUAAUUUCAUUUAGUCGCGUAGUAAAUAGAUAACGAAAGUUAUAUAAACAACCUAGCGGACGCCCGCGACUUCGUCCGCGUAGAAAUUAGUUUUUUACAAAUCCCUCGGCAACCGUGAAUUUUUUCGGGAUGAAAAAGGCCUAUGUGUUAAUCCAGAGUAAAAUGUAUUUCCAUUUCAAAUUUCAGUAGUAACGGCGUUAAAGAGAAACAAACAUCCAAACGUCCAUACAAACUUUCGCGUUUAUAAUAUUAGUAGGAAAUAGGAUAAAACCUACACAAAUAUUGUAUACAAUGUCUAGUUGUGUGUUCAGGUGUAAAAUCAAUAUACUCGUAAAUAUAGUAUAACAUCUAUAGAUAUGUUCAGCUACUCAACUGAUCGCAUAUUUGUACAAUUUUGCGUUUACCUACAUAAUAUAUUUAUGUUUAAAUAGUAUUAAUACUUCCUUUCCUUUACUUCUUAACUUAAUGUACGCGACUUACUACACAAAGGGAGAAGUGGCGAAUGCUCGUGAGGCGUAUUACAUCUGCCUCCAACACGUCCUAAAGACCACGACCGCUCUGUCAAGAGCGCAGCGACAAAGAAAGAAGAAGAAGAAUACUUCCUGAACACACAACUCGACAUUGUAGACAAUAUUUAGGUAUGCAUUAUUUGUUUAAAUAACUUUCUUUGUUUACUAUGCGACUAAUUAGCCACUUUUGUUCGCCUCAGUUUCAACGCGUUAGUAACAUAAUAAUCUAUACUAAUAUUAUAAAGCUGAAGAGUGUUUGUUUGAUUGAACGGGCUAAUCUCAGAAACUACUGGUCCGAUUUGAAAAAUUCUUUCUGUGUUAGAUAGGCCAUUUAUCGAGGAAGACUAGAGGCUAUAUAUUAUCCCCGUAUUCCUAUGGGAACGGGAACCACGCGGGUGAAACUGCGCGGCGUCAGCUAGUUAAUAUUAUAAAAUCUUUGGAUUUGCGACUGCGCUGCUGUGGAAUGACAUUUGUCUAUGACUCUUCAGGAAAUACGUCAUUUGGUCGCAUGUUAGGCUUACUGGAAUAGAUUUAAUACGUAUAUCAUUAUCCAAUUAAUAUUAUUAUUUAUAAUAUAUUAGGCAUACAGAUGAUAUAAUUAAUGUAGUAAAAAAUUCUCAAACAUUAGAGGUAUCAAACAAAGAUAUAAUGGUCUGUUUAAUUUAAAAGAUCUGAUAUUUCAAAUACUAUUUUUUUUAAUUAAUUUAAUAAUGAAUGGCGUGGACCGCCUGUGCCAUAUUUUUCGAAACAUCACUAAAUGGGAAAUAGUCAUCGUGAAACUUGCAAGUAUUAUUGGCAUGUGUAUUUAUUUUAUAAGAUUUAAAUCGUUAGAUGUACCGUCAAUGGAAUGGCCAUCAUUCGGCCAUAAAACGUAUAUGUUAACGUUAAAUUGUAAAAUACGUUAGUUUAUAAUCUCACUCGUGAUAUUAUAAUCUAAAGUCAUAUUGUAAACUGCAAAUAAUGAUUACAAUUUAACGUGUUAUUUUGCGGUAUAUCGAAAAUGAAACCGUUGAAUUGUCAAUCAGGAUAAAUUUAGCAUAGACUUACAAAAAUAUUUCAGCGGGCAUAAUAAAAAUAGUAAAAAAUUACAAUUGACAAAUCAAAAAAAAAAAAGAAAAAGAAAGAAAAUCGGAGGGCGCCAGUGCGUUUCCUAAUUUUUUUAAACACUUAAUUUUAAACACUGUUCUUCCAUUAGUAAAAUGUUGUUAUUGUUAAUUAUAAGUAUAAUUUAGUCAAAUCUAAAGUUAGGUUAGGUUAGAACAUGACGAAAUACUAGUGAAUCAAUAAAUAUUAUUAUAUUAUGAUAAUUGCAUAAUUCUUGAAAUAUUUUAUUUGACUGACAUAUGUGUUUAAUUCCUAACUCUAUGGCCACAGAAAGGUCUGCUGUAAGGCCGACCAAUCAGGGGCAAAUUCGGACAGUUGACGUUUUAAGAUUGCAAUUUAACGGUUUCACUUCCGAUAGAUUAUAAUAUACCAAAAAAUAACACGUUAAAUUGAAAUCAGUAUUUUCAGUUCACAACAUGACGGCAGAUUAUAAUAUCACGAGUGAGAUUAUAAACUAACGUAUUUUACAAUUUAACGGUAACAAAUACAUGGCAUUGAAAAUUAAUUAUGAAAAAUGUUAUCAACUUCUGACAUCUAUGGUAGGCAAUCUAACGAUUGAAAUAUUUGCUAACUGACAUAAUUUAUGAUUAAUUUAGUAUAUGUCUGUGAUGUAAUAAACUGUAAGGGAUUGUAUGUAUGAAUUAUUUUCCAAAUGGAAAUGUAUGAAAUUUUUUAAAUGAAAAAUAAAAAUAAAUAAAUAAAAGCGACACAAA